CUUGCUAAGCUCCUCCUACAUCCAUCUCCUUGCUGAGCACCUCCUACAUCCAUCUCCUUGCUAAGCUCCUCCUACAUCCAUCUCCUUGCUGAAAACCUUCUAACAUCCAUCUCCUUGCUGAGCUCCUCCUACAUCCAUCUCCUUGCUAAGCUCCUCCUACAUCCAUCUCCUUGCUGAAAACCUUCUAACAUCCAUCUCCUUGCUGAGCUCCUCCUACAUCCAUCUCCUUGAUGAGCACCUCCUACAUCCAUCUCCUUGAUGAAAACCUUCUAACAUCCAUCUCCUUGAUGAGCACCUUCUACAUCCAUCUCCUUGCUGAAAACCUUCCGACAUCCAUCUCCUUUGCCUAGCACCUCCUAGAUCCAGAGGAGAUACUCCUGCUCCCCGGAAGAGAAGUCAUUCAGGUGCAAAAGGUCAGGCACCAAGUCAGCGGACCACGUGACGCCCCUUUGGACCUGGGUAGUAAGAGGAGAGGGGUGUCUAGUACAAUCGACGUUAUUCAGUUCUUCAACCUGCACAAACCUCAUGCAGGUCUAGCAGAAACAGCAGAACCUCAACCGGCCCGAUGAGACAACAGAGAGGAUGCUGGUUGAGACUGUUCAACCCAACAUGAUAACCAACUGGCUCCAUCAGAGAAGACGUUUUCUUCUUCAAGAUAAUGGACACAAACGUCUACAGAGACGAAACAAACCUUAAAGAACCACGUCAGGUUCUGCUCAACAACAGGGUGCAGAUAGUCAACUGGCUUGCCUCCCUGAAUACUUACCUUCCUUCAACACAGACAGGUGAAACCUUCAGACUGGAGAUCUAGUUCUGCUCAGGGACCAGCAGAACGCAGUCGCUGGCCUAUGUGACCUCACAUCGGUCAGGUGUGUUGGCUUUAAGGCCUUUUCUAUUUCGUUUAAUUGUUGUAUUAAUUUCAAGACUUAAUUAAUAGCAAUAUGAUUUCCAUGUUUGUGUCAGUACUUCCCGUGUGAUCACUUCCGGUUCCGGUCCGUCCGGUCCAGUAACAUUUGUCAGUGGUAGAAAGCAACAGAGGACCUCAUGAAUCAUCAGAUUCUGCAGCGUUAGCUCACCAGUUGGGUCUGAAAUUGUUGACAUACUCAAUCAAGUUUUUCGGAGGUUCUUUCCAGCUCCUGGAUCAGGCAGCUAAGGGACCUCUUAGUGGUCUAACAUCAGUUCAUUGCAAACCCUCUUCAAUCUCUACCCGGCUCUAUGCAGUAAGAGGGACUUUACUGUCUGACGAAGCACUCCAAUGCACCCUAACUCUGAGCCUGAUCGGCCGAGCUGCUUCACUACCAACCGAGUAGUUCUGGUAUCUGUAAGGGCUGAUUCCACACCUCCAAUUACCUGUUGGGUGCAGGAGACAGACAAGUAAACAGGCUGGGGAACCGUCACACCUGGGACCUCAUCGGAUCAGGAAAAACUCCCCAAAUCCCUUUCAGGGUAAAAAAAAGGUGUUUCAGGUGUCUCUGACCUGAUGGUCUACAGUCUCCAUCUGCUCAUCUCAACACCUUUGACCUGAGAACCCCCCCCCCCCGCCCUCCCCACGGCCUGCUCUGACCUCUGACCUCAUUGCUCCUCCAUAACAACAUGCAUCUGAAGCGUUCUGGAGGUUAUAUCUACAGGAUCCCCGACACUUGAGCGCUCUGGACCGCCUCCUCCUUCAUUUCCUGUCCCGCCCUCCUCCAGACCGUCCACCAUGUCAGAGGGGCUGCUGCAGGUGGAGAUCCCGGACUUCGGCAGCAGUGUGCUGGGGAGCCUGAACGAGCAGCGGCUGCUGGGUCACUACUGCGACGUGUCCGUCCUGGUGCAGGGUCAGGCCUUCAAGGCUCACCGGGCCGUCCUCGCCGCCUCCUCACUCUAUUUCAGGGACCUCUUCAGUUCCGCCGGCGACUCCUCGUCCUCUGCGUCGGUGUUCGAGCUGCCGUCCUCGGUGACGCCGAUGUGCUUCCAGCAGAUCCUGUCGUUCUGCUACACGGGUCGCCUCAGCAUGGCUGCCAGCGAGCAGCUGGUCCUCAUGUACACCGCCGGGUACCUGCAGAUCCAGAACAUCGUGGAGCGUGGCAUGGAGCUGAUGAUGAUGAAGGCCUCUUCGUCCUGCUCGCCUCUCUGCUGCGACUCACAGACUACCUCAGCAGACGAGCUUGGGGGCUUCGACGUGCCGAUGGUCCAGCAGAACAGCACCCCCCACCUGCAGGAGUCCAGUCCAGACCAGCCGGCCCCAAGCCCGGAGGAGCUGCUGCUGGCUGUGAGCAGGAUCAAACAGGAGAGAGCCGACACACCUCCUGCUGAGGAGAACAGAAGAGGAGCAAGAAGAGGAGAGGAGGCUAGAGGGGAACCUUCGGGGGACUUUCAGGUCACCAGGAGCAGUGCUGUGUGCUACCUGGGUACAGGUGGCGGUUUGGUUCCAGGGCUGCAGUCCUACCUGCUGGCCAACGGGGAGCGCUCCAGUCCAGGAGGCUCGAGCCUUCCCACAGACUCCCCUCCCUCUCACCCCACUACGGAGGAGGAGUUAGAGGAGGACUACUACGGAAACACCGUCCAGCCCGGACUCUACCAACACAUCUACGGACAUCCCGGAAACCCCUACAUCCAAGAGAAGAUGGAGAUGGUUUCCCUCCCGCCGGCUAACGAGCGGAGGCCCUGCGUGCUGGUUGGUCGGGACAACAUGGCGCUCCCCGCCAGCCUGAUCAGUCAGAUCGGGUAUCGCUGCCACCCGUCGCUCUACACCGAGGGAGACCCGGGAGAGAAGGUGGAGCUGGUGGCAGGUUCAGGUGUGUUCAUGACACGAGGGCAGCUGAUGAACUGCCACCUGUGUGCUGGGGUCAAACACAAGGUGCUGCUCAGGAGACUGUUGGCUACCUUCUUCGACAGAAACACUCUGGCCAAUAGCUGUGGGACGGGGAUCCGCUCCUCCACCAAUGAUCCGAGCAGAAAACCUCUGGAAAACCGAGUGUUAAACACUGUGAAACUCUACUGUCAGAACUUUGCUCCUAACUUCAAGGAGAGUGAGAUGAACGUCAUCGCAGCGGACAUGUGCACCAACGCCCGAAGAGUCCGCAAACGUUGGCUCCCCAAGAUUCAGUCUCUCCUCCACGACAGCCUCCCCACCUCCUCUCACACCCGCAGAGCUAAGAGGGGAGGAGGAGGAGCAGGAGGAGAAGCCGCGCUGCAGCCCUUUGAGCUGGACCUGCGGCAGCUCAGCGCCUCCUACCUCGGCCUGGAGGCCUCGCUGUACGGCGAGCGACUGGAGAAGGAGGCGGCGACCAUCCUGCCUCCCCGUGUGGGAGGAGGAGCAGCUGGGCGUCAGGAGGAGGAGGAAGCAUGUGGGGAAGGGAGGCUACAGACUGAACUACCCCCAGAACUCCCCCUCUCUUCCUCUGCCUCUUCUUCCUCCUCCUCCUCCUCCCCUCAGCCUGCAGAGCCCGCCACUUCUCACAGGGAAUUGGUGGACAGAGAAGAAAGGGGGGUGGAGCCUCUGGAAGACAGCCAAUAAGCUUUCUAUUGCAUAUGCCUACCUGUAUGUAAAUAACACAAUAGCUACCUGUCUGUCUUUCACUACCUGAGACAGACUGUCUGUCCCCCUACCUCACUUCCUGUGUUUCUGUCCCUCUACCUCACUUCCUGUGUUUCUGUCCCCCUACCUCACUUCCUGUGUGUCUGUCCCCCUAUCUCACUUCCUGUCCACCUGUCUUCCCACUGUGCAACAUACCUUUCUGUCCUCUGGUCAGCUGCAUGUAAACAGCCUCCUGCAGUCCAGCACACUGAUGAAGAUGAUGAUAAUGAUGGUGAUGAUCAAGAUGAUGGUGAUGAUGAUGGUGAUGAUGAUGGUGAUGAUGAUGAAGAUGAUGAUGGUGAUGAUGAUGCUAAUGACAAUAAAGCUUCUUGAUAAUCAA